CCCCCGUCAGCGCCCGCCUGCCCGAGGUGGGGCGCGCUGGGUAGUGGGGGCGUGUCGACACGGCGCUGCGGGGGACGAGAGCGAGCUGACAUGGGUCGCACACUCGUGGAACUCUUUUACGACGUGGUGUCGCCUUACUCCUGGCUGGGGUUCGAGGUUCUCUGCCGAUACCAGCACAUAUGGAAUAUUGAUUUGCGCUUUCGUCCGGCUUUCCUUGGAGGCAUAAUGCAGUCAACUGGUAACAAGCCUCCAGCAAUGUUGCCAAAGCGUGCAGAAUACCUGCAGAAGGAUAUAAUAAGGAUGGCAAAAUAUUAUCAGGUGCCUUUAACAGUUUCAGAAGAUGUCUUCCAACGUAUCCUUGGUAAAAACAGUCUUGGAGCCAUGCGUUUUAUCACAGCCAUUGAUAUGACACAACCAAAGUACUUGGAACCCUUAUCUAGAGAGUUCUGGUUACGUUUUUGGUCACAGCAUGAAGAUAUCAGUCAGGUGGAGAGUAUUUUGGCUGUAGCAGAAAAGGCUGGGCUAUCCUCUGAGCUCACCCAGAAGCUACUUGAAAUGACUUCAUCCCCUGCAGUGAAGAAUCGUCUGAGGGAGACAACUGAGGAAGCGAUAAAAUAUGGGGCUUUUGGGAUGCCUGCUGUUGUGGCACAUGUUAAUGGAAAACCUCAUCUCUUUUUUGGCUCUGAUCGUUUGGAGCUGCUAGCCAGCAUUAUAGGUGAAAAAUGGCUGGGACCAGUUCCCUCAGCUCCAAGCCCAAAAAUGUGAAAAGUCUUGGGGAAAUACCUAAGAAUGAAAAGAUAACACUUACAUAUACGGUUGAUCUUUGGUAAUUAUGUAUCCAAUUUUAUAGAGAUGGCUUUCUCUUCCUUAACUGCUAACUCUACAGAUCAGUUUCAUUUCUAGUUAAGAAGUUUGAGAUUUACCAAUAUGAACAAUCUGAUCUGUUCUUUACAAAUACAAAUGUAUUGCUUUCAAAGAUUAAUGUUUAACAUUAAAGAUUUAGCUUCUUUCAGGUUAAACAUCAUCUUUUUCCAACUAAAAGUAUGAGGAUUAAAUUAUUAUGGGACUGAUAUCUUGAUGAUGCAGAGAGUUCUCAUAUCUUCCCACCUGUCAAACACACAUACAGAUGUGUUGGCCACAUUUGCCUUUUAAGUCCAAGAUACAACAAAGACGGAAGAGGCACAGGACAAGGCAUUCAUGCUUCCAUUCACCUUGCAGCACAGCAAUUGGUUAGACUAGUGGAAGACAGAGAGAGAAUUCAAGUCCAAAGCAAAAUCUGGGAAACAAGUCAAGUACUUCAGAAAUAACUGCUCCCUCAACUGGACGGUAUUUAUACCUGCACUCAUGUGACUGACACUGGAGAUCACCACACAUGCACAUUCAUAGUCACCAGCUCCAGCCCUUGCAAAAGUUUUUAAUUAAUGCCAAUUUUGCAGUAGCAUCCUUGGAAGACAGUGGUAAACAUGAUGUAAUCUCAGUUGGCAACCAAACUCAACUAUGUUUUGCUUCCUCAAGAAUGGCCUUGUUGCUGACUGUUCAACAGAGAUCUAGGAUGUGACUAUGAGGGACUUGGCAUUAUACAGUCUGCAGAGGUGAAGAUAUGCAAACAAUAAGAUAAAAAUCAAAACAUUUAAUUUGCCACUCCCUCUUCUGACUACAGUCCUUACAAUUUGCACACUAAAAUUGUUCGAAAACUUGGCCUUACAUUGGCUGAACUGGAAUGGCGUAUUUGAAUGUUUCCUCACUGCCUCUGAUGCAUCAGUGAAGGAAGCAGAAGGUCUAGCAGCAGCUGGAAUCUGUUUUUGUCUCUUAACGUUAAGGUAAAACACAUGCUCAGUCACGGAACAGCGAGUUCAGUGGAACAAAGCAGCAGAAAAAGACCAGUAUCCAUGUUCUUAUAGCUCUAAGUGUUUGUUUCCCCAUCAUCCACAAUUUUUCCUUCUUACAUCUCGUAUGCAUCUUCAGGAAAUCCAAACUCAAGUUUUUCCUUAUAACUCUUAUUGCCUAUGAUAACCACUAGUAAGUGAUCACAUCCUUUGCAAUUAUUUCAGUGAGGAUGCAUAUUGUUGUAACUCUGCGUACAUACUUUGAACAAAAUUUGCCUGUUUGUGAGCUAUCAACUAUUUGUGAAUAGCUGGAAGAAUUUUCUUCUCUUAAAGAUAAUGUCUCUUCUAUCCAGCUAUAUAUAUCUCAGUUCCUCAGAGCUUCACAUCUUCAUCACUUUCAAGGUAGUGUGAUGUUUAACUUGUCAAAAUAGAAAGGGUACCAGAAAAUGAGACAGAUUGUGAGACUACAGAGAGACUUUGAAAGAUACAGGCAAAAGUGGACUUUGAAUUCUAGGGAACAAGCCCAGAGCUGUGUUCUGCUUUGCUCUAUUAAACACCUCACCAGGAAAUUCAGUUGAACUUUGACAUCUAAGGCAAACCUGUGAAACUGCCAUGAAGGAGUAGGUACCACUAAGGCUAGGCUAAAAGCCAGCAAACAAAGAUAGAGAUAGGCACCAAGUCAGAAAAUAAGCAAAAGAAAGUGGCUCACUAAAAUAAUGAAACCACAGAAAGCAGAGAAUAUGUGCAGAGAAGAUUGGGUGGCAUCUGAGCAAAAGAAACAGCAAGGCAAGAACAAAAUAAAACCAAAUGUAGAUUAUUGCAGAUAGAGGUGUCUCAACAAGAAAAUGUUGUUCACUGUGGCAGUUCACUGUGUUGUUCACUGCAGGCAACCAAAAAAGGCAGUGCUUAUAUAUAUUAAACAGGCCAUAGAAAGUUGGCCAUAGAAAACCAUUUGGAGAAGAAGGAAUAAGAUUAAUUGUCUUCACUGUGAAGCUGUACAAUAUUUGUUGCACUCUUUCAAUAUGGGAAGAGAUAGCCCAGAAGCCUGCCUCUGCCUUGACUCACUGCUUUAUGAUACCUUUCCAUGGCAGUUACCUGUGCUUCUUACCCGGUGUGCACUGAAACAAUUCUGCAGCAUUGACUUUCACACACAGCAUUAAAUGGAGACCUGCA